UCCCUAGCUAAAAAUGGAGUGUCACGACGAGCUCCAUCACCACUGCAGCAUCGCAAAACAGACAAUCCUAACCACACAUCCCAGCGGCUUACAAACAAGAGUUUCCGUCGAACUAGCAAACUUCGACGCAUUAUGUCUCCACGAGUGUAAUAACACUAAGAAGAAAAUGUGGGAUAGUCCAUUCUUAGCUCGAAAGAUCUUAGGCUCCGCGCACGCGACGCCUGUACUUGGAAGACGUAGUGACGUCAUCAACGAGGGUAGAUUGUCUCAGCAAUGUACGCCGGUGAUGAGAAGGCGGGAGGUGGACAGUCCGGGAGGGUCGCCGCUGCCGAUGCGAAGAGGGGAGAUGGAAGAGGAUGAUGUGGAUAACAGUGUGAUUAGCGGGUGGCUGAAGUUUCGAGAUAAUAAGCGGUGGAAGUCGCGAUGGGGUGUUGUCACCAAGCUGUCACCCGCAGCAGAUUGCCUCCACCUGCAGCUGUACCGAGACCCACGCGACCGUUACAAGAAAGGCCAGACAAAGGCAUCGCUCUCGCUGCAGCACUUCCUCGGUUUCGAGUCCGGCUUUACGCUCGAUAAGGAAUCUAAUACCAUCGCCAUCAUCUGCCAGGAUGUCAUCGUCGUCUUGGCCUUUGAGACUAGGGAACAACUCAUUUCUUGGCAGGUGAAAGUGGGCGGCCAACUGGGUGCAUCUCGUGACUUCUUGGUGCUGGUUGGAGGCGGAGGGGCGAAGAAGCUACCAGUGGGACCUGCAAGGUUGCACCUGCAGGGGCGGCGGUUCGCGCUCACCAGUGGAGUGCCACCGCGACUGCUAGGCUUGUGGGAGUUGGCACAUUUGAGGCGCUAUGGCGUAGUUGAGGGGCGCUUCUGCUUCGAGGGUGGAUCGCACAGCGGCAAGGGUGAGGGUCUACACCUGCUGCUCACCGAUCAGGCGCACGAAAUCACCGAGGCCUUCGACCUUGCCGCCAGAGGAAACCUCUCUCUACACAGACCCACGUCUUCUAGGAAAAGUGGUGGUGAGAAGGACAGUAAAACACGCCCUAGUACUCGUAUGUCUGACUUGAACACAGAUCAGUCUCUACCAGAUACGGCGAGCGCUUUGUACGAAGAGAACUUUUUUGUAGAAGAUUGCGGAAGGGUUUCACCUUUCUGGCCUUCAGACGAAAUAAGAGCUGAUAAAAGUUUUUUGAGAACAGAGGAAAAAGUGGCGAAGGCACCAUGGGACGGUGCAGACCACGUCACUUUAGAACGAUGCAGCAACUGCCUCACAAAACUCGGUGCAGUUUCUCGAUCGUCAACCGUUGCCCUUACUCCGACAUCACACUUCAAUCCAGCCUGGACAAUGGAAACUCUCCCAGGAAGCAGCUCAGACAGCUCUUCUAAUAACACUGAGUACCUGACACCAAGAAUGAUAAGAAAGUCGCUAGAAGCGUGUUCAUGUAAAGAUAAACCUCCUCAAAGACCUCCAAAACCCGAACAUCUGGAGCAGAAGAAACCCCCCGCAUUGUUGCCGUGCUCGUGUGCCGUGGAAGAAAAAAACCAUCCAGUCAAUAAUCCGAAAGUAGGUCCUUAUGAAAAUUACGACGUUCCUAAAGCCAAACAUGUUGAACAGGUUGACAACGCAGAGUACUACGAUACGCCAAAACGAUUGAAGAAGGCUUUAGCAGAGGAUCUUUUUCAAGUUACACCAAGUUCCUCGCCAGGGUCCUUAGUAUUAACGAAGAACUGCGGAUGUAUACUGAAAUUCGGCUCAAUUAAAAAACCGGUAAUUGUCGAAUGUGAAGAAAACGUACAGCCGGUUGAGUGUCCGUGUCAAAAAGUUACCAACUGGGCGAAUAAUCUUAUAAGUCUGCCUUACUGCAAGAGAGAAAUUACUAACGACAAAAUUUCUACUGAAAUACUAACCAGCAAGAAAGCCAAAGAAAUGGCACUGUACGCUACAGUAGAUGUCAAUAGCAAAAAAAAUAGGCAAAGUGGAACUAUAUCUGAAAAAGAUAACGGACAAGAAGAUAGUAACGAACAUGCAUUUACUAAUUAUCAAAAUGUUCACCCCUGUCGUGAGCGUGACUUUAACGGGCCUUAUGCUAAUUAUGAAAACUUGGAGUUUGCUUUGUCCCUUGAAUAUUAUGAAAAUGCAAAAGAUUUGCUAAAAAAAGCAGGUGUUACUCAAACAGAACUAGAUGCCUUGAGUGCUAAUUUAGACUUAACUGCUACAACGUUACCCAAAAAAUCGCGAUUGUGUACAAAAUGUGGAAAUUCACAACAACACAAACAUCAAGAUUCAAAGAAAAACAAAUGUGAUGAGUACCUGCUGAUGGAACCACCAAAAGAAAUCAAACGUGACCUUUGUCGAACAGUUGGGCCAAACCCUGGAUACACGCCGAUGUCCCCAAAUCCUAAUUGGUCACAAAGUCUCAGGCAUUCUGAGCACAAAUUGCACAAAGUAGAAAUAGAGAAAUCAUUAAGUAUACCAACCCUGAAUAGUGGAAAUAGAACACAAAGUUUCGAUGCUACUUCUUCAACUAUCAAUAAAGAAGCGUUUCAAAAACGCUCAAGCUCCGUAGAUUCAGCGCGCUUACUUGAAGAUCUAAAAGAGUUUGACAGUAGCAUUGGAAGUCACGCUACUUCGUCAUCUUUAGAAACUUUAAGGAACUUAGUUGUAGAAAAUAGAAGAUCAUCGUCGCGUUGUGACAAUGAAAGGGAAUGUUACGGGUGCUGCAAAUCUCUGGGAUCUGACAACAAAACCUCUGAAGAGAGUUGUUCUAAAGAAGCUCCGCAUUUAAGGAAUAAACACAUUGAUAAUGCUCAGAUCAAAAGAUCAUCGAGUGUUCCUUGCAAAUCAGGUGGCAACAGAGAUUCAUCAAGUUCCAAUGACUCCGGAGUCUCAAGUUGCUCUAUGAAACAAGGCACAGAGUUCAAUGAGUUCGAAAUGCCUUUGACUUCGGGUUACUCACGUUACCAACAUAUGAUUCACAAGCGAGUGAGAGGGAACUUGUCAGGAUGCCUACAUUCUUCUCUACCCAGAAAGUCGAAAUCAUCAGAUCCAUUAAGAGACCAAUCGAUGCAACUGUUUAAGAGUAAUAUAUCUGCCAAGUCAUCGUCAGCUGAAGCCGAGGUUCCGGUACUUCCUCCAAAGCAAUUCAAAGGGGUAUUGGACACUCAUAGUACGUCGAGCGGAACAUCGGAUAUGUCCGAUUAUAUCGAGACGCUUUCGAUGACGUCAUCACAAUCUUCCAGCGAUACCACGUCGAACAUGAGGUUCAACCGACAGCCGACAAGUACGCUGCGCCCACGCUCCGGCAAGGAAUACCACAACCUCGACCCCAUCAUCACUUCCAUGUAUAAGAGCGGCAAGGACCUUGCCAACUAUACCAACUUGCCAUGAACGUGUAUCAGUCUGUUUCAUAUCAAUUCCUCUUUGUUUGUCGUGAAAUGUGUUUUUGGCCACAAGCCUCGAAAACUGUUUAUGACGUCAUUGAUCAGACAGAUAUUGUUAGCGAUUUAUUAACAAUUUACAAUAGUAAAUUAUAGCUAACAAAAACUUUCCCCAAAGUCAUAAACCGCCUCCAUCACUGUGUUUAAAAAAGGCUGAUACCAAUUUAACAUGAAUCUAAAUCGAAACGUUUGUAACGAGGUGGAAUAUUGAGACUUGCAAGAUUGUGUGCAGGGCACAUUUAAGCCCAUUUGGUACCUUCUUAAGGCCACUAAAAUUGCUCUGUCUAAGGUUAAGAGAACAAAGACAAUAUUUUGUUCUUGGAAAAUUUUGUCGACGAUUUUGUACUUACUUGAGAUUGAAAUUUAACGUAAGGAAGAGUGAAACGUUACCAUAUUAUAUAAUAAUUAUUUUAAUUGAAAACUCUUUGUACCUAUUACGUGUAGGAUUGUAGAGAUUGUGAAAACAGGAUGCGACAAAGGAACCUGUUUUGAUAAUUGCGGAGAAAUAUAGUAUUAGAGAAGUCAUCAGCAGUCUAUCGUUUGGAGCAAAGAGAAAUGUAAAAAAUAUUUCAUUUUGGUUAUCUGAAAGUA